CGCAUCAACAUUCACAACAUGAAGGCUUAACACAAGUUUAAUCUCUUUCACUGAGCAACAGGUGAUAGCCUUCAACCCUGUGUAAACCUCCACCCGUGGACUUUUGAGUGGCUUUUUGGCAUCUCCAGAGCGCAAACUUUUCCGAUGGAUCGUGCGUGGAGAGUUCACCCUUGUGUUAUGAAAAGCAGCCGCAGCUCCACUCAAUGAAAGCAUUCUUCAUUCCAUGCGGGUGACCAAUAACUUUUCUUCAUUCUGUGGUCCACGAGUGACGCGUCAGCCAGGCGCGCCCACUGCUCAUCUCAGCUCCAAGGAACCCCUUAACGGACUUUACUUUGGAUGGGCGCACGGAAAGAACACACAUGCGGCAGAAAAGACUCCUCAAACCGAGUGGGAAGACAGGAAAAAGAAGAAGGCCAAGGAGUGAAAAGGAACCAGAAAGGCUCCGUUAGAGACCGCCGUGGGUUUUUUCAUCCGCAAACGAGUAACAGGGAGCGGUGCACUUUUAGACUAACGAAAGCCACACCCGGUCCUAACUUCAAUACAAGAACUGAAUGAUCACACAGAGGGACUGGACACUCAACUGGAUCCUUGUGCAGAGCAGCCCAGUGUAAUCCUAAAAAAGUAUUACCACAACAAUGGGAGACUCCAUUGAAGACUAUGGAAACUACAGCUAUGACUAUUACCUGGAGUAUGGCGACGUGGAAGACCUUAAAGUGGACCACAAGCAAAAAGAAGCCACGCACAUCAUCUCAGUGGUCAUCUACAUUAUUUCAUUUGUGCUCGGGCUGAUUGGAAAUGGAACUGUCAUUUGGGUAACAGCAUUUAAGAGCAAAAAAACUAUCAACAGUAUUUGGUUGCUCAAUCUAGCCUUAGCAGAUUUUGUAUUCGUCCUUUUUUUGCCCUUCUACAUUGAUUACAUUCUGCGGGACUUCCACUGGAACUUUGGUGUGGUCAUGUGUAAGCUCAACUCCUUUGUGUCUGUGAUGAACAUGUACGCCAGUGUGCUCUUCCUCACAGUACUAAGCAUUGACAGAUAUGUUUCUCUGGUGCAUCUUAACUGGUCUCAAAGGCAUCGCACUAAAGAGCGAGCCUGGAUUAUAUGUGAAUGCAUAUGGGCUCUUGCUGCAGCUAUGAGUUGUCCCGCGCUGAUUUUCCGUGACACUGUACGUGUACAUGACAAGGUGGUGUGCUUCAACAAUUUCCACGCACAGGAUAGUCAUAAAGCAGCCGUCCGACAUAUUACAAUAGUGGCUGUCCGUACUACUGUGGGCUUCCUCCUGCCGUUUACUGCUAUAUGUGUGACGGGUUUACUUCUGACAGCCAAUGUCCACCGAUCUCAGGGCGCCGUCCGCAUGUCAAGCUUCUCCAGAACAGUCUCCGCAGUCAUUCUGGCCUUCUUUUUAUGCUGGGCACCUUUUCAUAUUUUUAGCUUGAUGGAGUUAACCAUACAUUCCUCACUGCACUUACACCAUGUACUGCAAACUGGCUUCCCUCUUGCCACCAGCUUAGGCUUUUUUAACAGCUGCAUUAACCCAUUACUGUACAUGCUCCUAGGCAAAAAGGUUCGCCAUAUUCUCAAACGUGCAUGCCUGGACUUAACUAAGAGUUCACUAAGAGAACUCAGUCAGUCAAUUUCUGCCACAGAGGUGGAGUCUGUGCCUGCAGCUUUUCAGGAGAGUCUCCCGGAGGAGCCAUUAGAGUCAUCCGUGCUGUGAUUGCAGCCAUCUUCAGGCUAGUUAUUGAAGAAAAACAUGUGGGUGUGACAGGCUUUUAUUUGAGUGCAAAUGUUGAGGAGUAUCAUCAGAGGUGGUCUUUCCAGCUAGAGCGUUAAUAUUUUCCUGUUUUGUUUCGUUCUGACAGUUGUGCGUACAGAAACCAACAAUUAAGCUCAGUGGAAAACCUGAGUAUGACUGUGGCUAACUUGCGCAUGGACGUAGUAUCUUUCCAGUUAUUUUGCAUUUGUAUGACCCAAAUGCAGAGAAAGACACAAAAUGAUAUGCAUCUUUGUAUUUAAAUUUUUUUUGUUGAUGUUCUCAGUGGAGCCAAAGGCAUAUUUUUCAUUUAUACUCUACUUUGGUUCUUAAAGACUACAAGGCAGAUAUCAAAUUGUAGUCUUUUGUUGUCAUAGUUUUAUACUGGCCGCUAGAAACUGCUAGAAUUCUUAUUGUAUCUUAAGAUAUUUUUACUAGUUGAGAGUUGUAUAAAAGUUAUAUUCUAAUAUAUUGAAAUUAAAGAACAUAUAACUUAAUAAAUUGAAUCUAGAAACUUGUGCCCUUUCAGAGUAUUCAUUAUAUUUUUGAGUGAUGAUCAAACUUUAAAUCAGUGUUUGAUGUUUUAUGCUUAAGACUUCCAGGAGGAUAUUCACAGGGCUCAGCUCACACAUGCAUAACAUAAACCCAGACAUUCAUUUCUUUUCCUUUUCCUGAGGGUCUGUUUACUAAUUUAGCCAUUUCCUGUUAUUUCCUGCUGGUGAACUCUGACUCCUAACACGUAAUGAAAGGAUGCCAUCCUGUAACUGGAAGAAUCAUGGACUGAAUCAUGAUAAGAACUGUGGCAUUACAGGAAAUGUUUUAACUUUCAGUAACUGUCAAGGAGAAUUAUGAGCAGCUGGACUUUUUGCACAAUAAAUACAGUACUGCGCUUAAGUCUUGGGCCCCUCUAGCUUUGUUGUGUGUACAGGGUUGAAGUGAAUAUGCAUAUUUAUUUCUCAUUCUUUUUUACUUCAGAUACAACAUGAAAA